AUGAGGGUUGUGGAGUCUCCACCUUUUGAGUUAUCGGAGUCUGGAUGGGGUGAAUUUGAAAUUGCCAUUACCCUUCACUUCCACAGCGAUGUUUGUGAUAAGCCAUUACAUUUAUAUCACCAUUUGAAGUUGUACCCAGAGGAUGAAUCUGGUCCCAUGUCCACUAAGAAACCUGUUACUGUGGAAGCAUAUGACGAAAUUGUUUUUACCGAGCCUUCAGAAAGUUUCUUUGCUCGUGUGCAGAAUCACCCAGCGGUUAUCGUUCCUAGACUACCUGCUGGUUUUAGUGUACCUGCUCCUGAGGAAGUGGAUAAAAGGAAGAGAGGUGACACCAAAGACAAUCCCUUGACCCCUUACUUCACAAAUUUCUCUGAGGCAGAUGAAUUAUUAAAGCUUGCUGCAGCUCGUCAGCAGGUGCAAGCUCAUAUUGCUAGACUCAGGAGGCAGUUGACUUUGAUAGAUGGACAGAAUCAGCAGUUGAAAUCUACCUCUGACCUCUGA